AGAGAACGAGAGGAAAACGGGAGGACAGUUCGCCUCUGCAGCACUGCAAGGACAGAGUGAACAUCUCCGGGACACAAACGGACCAAAGCUCUCAACAAUCACAAGCUCUUCACCAUGACAGCCUUGCCAAUCACUGCACUGGACUGACAGCUGUCAAUCACAUGACAGGAGAAGAUUAUCAGGAUCACCUGCUACAGGAGAGAUUACAAGCUACUAUAAGGGACUUAAGCGGAGUAAUUCCAACUUGGUUGGUUGGUUAGAAGUUGCUAUCCAGAGGGAAAUUGGCCAUUUUUGAUCCCUUAACUGAACGCCUGCAUGUGUUCAUGAGUGUGUGCUUUAGGGGGAGUGUGUACGAGGUUUUCUUGCUGUGUAUCAGGGUCACAGUCUUACUGGCUGUCACCCGUCAGUGUAGUGCCACAAUAAGCUUCAGUAGAGCCUGUUUAAGCGGGUAGCUCUGUUUAUUUUUGCAUUUUAGCCAAGAAAACCAUGAGUGAGGGCAAGAAGGAGUUAGAGAUGAGGGACAAAGCCAUCAUGCACCAGCAGAGGAGACUGAAACAGGCCACCCAGUUCAUGCACAAGGACUCCGCGGAUCUUCUGCCUCUGGAUGGGCUGAAGAGGUUGGGAACUUCCAAAGACCUGCAACCCCACAGCAUCAUUCAGCGCCGUCUCCUGGAGGGCAACAUUCCACGUUUGCGCGGAGAGGCCCGGGACGUCCCAUCUCAUGUUCGUUCACCCCUGGCAGACAGCAAAGAGGGCGGCGAGCCGGAGGAGAGGAGCGAGAGCACGGUGGAUGACUCCACAGAGGAGAAGGAGUCUCCAGAGGAGAGCGAAAAGAGCCUGAGGUCUGAUGAGGACGAGGAUGAAGACAGCAGCGAUGCAGGUGGAAAGAUCGAGUCCAAGCAGAAAAAUGAAAUAGAAGAGAAGACGAAGAAAGUGCUUGAAGAGGAUGAGAGAGCAUCCACCCUCUCAGCUCUAGUGGUCCAGUGUAAGUGUGGAGAUGCAGAAGUGAUGUUAUCCAUAAACACAGGGUGCCAACACAACCAUAUCUCUAAAACAUGCUGCAGAAGACUUGGACUGAAAACCAACCUAGAAGAGAAACCUCAUGACAAGCUGCCGCUAAGUGAUUCGACAGUGGAGACAGUGAAGUCUCUGCACCUGCAGCUGGGCACAGAAAGAGUGCAAUGCACAGCCCAGGUCAUAGAGGACGCCACAUUUGAGGUGCGUCUGGGUCUACAGACUCUGCUGGAACUCAAAUGCUGUGUGGAUCUGAACUCCAGAGUGCUCCGGCUCCACAGCACAGAGCAGGAGCUUUCCUUCCUGGAUCCACCUGCUAGCAGCCUGUGCCAUCACCAUGACAACAACAAAAACAUGUGACCUCGGACCUACGUGCCCAACAGCCACCAUGACUGUACCCAUGUAAUCAGAGAGGAAGUCGCCAGAAAGACGCCUGCAUCUGGACUGUAGUGUUCCCUUGUGCCAGAUCAACAUAGACAGGCCUCUCCUCUCUCAUCUUUCCUUCUUUAUUCUUUGUUGUUUGUUUCUGUGCUAUUACAGAAAUCUGCCAACUAUGAUUUUAUAUUACUAUUUGCUGUACUGAAGUAGUUUUGAUUAAAUGUAAUAAAGCAGAGGAGGAGGAAGUUUGUGUUCUGACAUUUUAAAAUUGCCUUCAUUGAAAUGAAAAAUGGGGUACACAGCUAAUCCUUAAGAAACUGAACUGUUUGAAGAUUGAGAAGUAAUAUUCUGUAACAUUUGAUUUUAACUACAAAGUAAAUUAUAUUCUUAUUAAUGUAACAGAGAGUCUCCUACACAAUCCCCAAACCUGAUUUUAUUCUUUUAAAUUUAAAAAAAUAAUAAUAAUCUGAAAGUUUCUUUCCCCGAAAGCUCAAUUUUAUUCAUCCAAAACUGCCUUGUACCAACAAAGACUGUGCUUUUGAACCUCAUUUCCCUUUAAAAAGCCAACUCUGCCCUUAGAUGAUAAGAAGGACUUCAGCCAGCCCAAUCAAAUGUUAAUUGAGCCCUUGGGCUGCAAUCUCACUCAAUGACCCCCAAAACCAAGCAAAACACUUGAUCUGCAUGAUUUUAUAGACUUCCUCCUAGUAUUUUUCUGGUUUUGGUGUGUGUCAGAAAAUUCAAUGAUUGUCACCUGGAAGUUUUUUCUUUUAGAACGGUUGAAUUCUCUUCACCUAGAGCCCAGUUUCUAGAAACCCUUUUUUUUUGCUGCUCAAGUCUGUCCUCAUAUUAUAACCAGAGGCAUUUUCUCCAUCACCUACACUUUGAUUAUUGUUUUGUUUGUUCGUUCAUGAAGCAUAACUAUGACUGUCUUAGUCCAGCCAAAGGCUCCCACUAAAAUGCCAGUCGAUGACCUAAAGGGCAUCUAAGUUGCACACAAACCUAAACGGUGUGGAUAAUUAAAUUGUUGGCACACAAUGCUCAAUUACCCUCAUCUGGCCUUUUAACACUAUAUGGAUGACUUUUCAGUGAAGGACAUCCAUAUAUUUGCUGAUUUUAUGUUCUUCUCUUUCUUUCUAUGAUGUGUGAGGGCCAACUGCACGAAACAAACAAACAAAAAAAAGUUUAUUUUUGGUGUUUUUUUGUUUUUUAUGGUUUCCUUUUCUCUGAACAGUAUUUUCUCUGCCUAAAAAUAAAUAAAUAUGUAUUCUGUCUAUGAAA